AUGGGUGAAAGAAUGCCUGUCCCAACAAGACGCAGUCCCUUCACCAUAGACAUUCUCAACGAAGUGUUACCUCAAGGAGUAAAGAUCUUGGGGUUACCUCAAUUUGAAGGGACCACCGACCCACAGGAGCAUAUAGAGAAAUUCAGUGCCAUGGCGGAUUUAUAUGGCCCGAUGGAUGCUGCGAUGUGUAAAAUGUUCCACACCACUCUCUCCAAGAGGACAAUGAAUUGGUUCAACUCUCUACCCAUAGGGUCGAUUGACACCUUCGCUCGGUUAUCAACCCGGUUCACCAACCAAUUCGCCAUCAACAAACAAUAUGCCAAGACCCCAGCUCAUCUUUUCUCUGUAGUACAGAGAGAUAACGAAACGCUCCGUAACUACAUUAAGCGUUUUGUAGAAGCCGUCCAUGAAGACCCCAGUGUAGGGCAAGACAUGCUCUCCGGGAUUAUGCAGCAGAACUUGAAACCAGGUAGAUUCAAAGAAUCUAUCGCCGGAAGACCCCCGGGUAACCUAGAAGAGUUGCUGAAUCGAGCCGAAAAAUACGUCCGGAUAGAGGAAGCCUCUACCCAUGCUCCUCCUAAAAGGAAAAGGAAAGAUGACUAUCAGGACAACAGGAGGCGCGAUGAUCGACGUCCACCACUUCCACCUCAAGGCCAACCCUCUUCCUCCUACAAUAGGUUCACUCCGCUAAACGCUCGCCUCACUGAAAUCCUUCACGUGAUAGAACAGAAAGGUUUAGCAAAGCCUCCACGUCCUAUGCAUACAAAUGCAAAGCGAGAAAAGUCGGAUCGUUAUUGUCGAUUCCAUAAGGACAGAGGGCAUACUACGGAGGAAUGUGCACAACUCAAAGUGGCGAUUGAGAGGCUGAUCAAACAGGGCCAUUUAGGCGAAUACAUUGAUAAGCCUCGAAAUAAGCGCCGUGAUGAUCCUCCACGCCGAGAUAAUAAUCGAGAUCAACAGCAAAGGCGAGAGGAUGGGGGUCACCGACGUGACCUAGAUAACAACGACAACCAACCUACUCGGGGAAUCAUCUCCUUUAUCUCCGGAGGACCGGCGGGUGGCGAUUCACAAAAUGCAAGACGCACCCUCGCUCGAUCAGCACGCAUGAAUCAAGAACGUGCUUCUCCAUCCGCACGCAUCUAUCAAAUACGAAGACCUGAUCAUAGCAUAGUCUUCAACUCCUCCGACCUUGAAGGUCCAGAUGAAGAUCAUGUCGAUGCGUUGCUAGUAACAACAACGGUGGCCAACUUCUUGGUCAAGAAGAUAUUAGUGGACGGUGGGAGCUCAGCUGACAUCAUGUACCUCCACGCUUUUAAACAACUGGGCAUAGAUAAUGCCCGGUUCAGUCCCAUUUCCACGCCCCUGAAAGGAUUCACAGGAGAGGGCAUUUUGUCCAUGGGAGAAGUGGAGCUGCCCGUCUCUUUAGGGGAAGACCCUUGUCGAAUCACCAAGCUAAUCAAAUUCCUCGUCGUCGACAAGCCAUCCCCCUAA